AUGCCUGGCCGGCCGAGUUUGCUGGCUCAGGCAGGCAGAAUGCUGGGGCAGAAGCCCGCGAGCAAAGAAAGCGUUGCGAGGCUAGAGGCAAUGCUGAAUGAUCAGCAAACCAAGAUCCACGAGAAACAGGACCAGUCGUUCCUGGCCAGACGGGACAUGGAAUAUAGCCAAUCUCAAGAUCGCGCAUAUCCCCGGACCUUUGAAAACAAGCAGUUUUUCACCCCGCAUUUACAACGAUCAAAGCAGCUGGAAGACGAUCCAGUGGUAAGAGAGUAUGUCAUGGUGCUUGGCAAUGGCAUGAUUGUGCGACAGAGCCAGAAAUCCCGAACUAUUCCGCUGGAACAGGACCCACCAGCCCUUCCUCCAAUAGCGCGGGAUCGAAUUAGAGAGCUCGAGUCCCAAGGUUGGCUAGUCACAGGCCACAAUGCAGAUAUGGUGGAGAUGGAGCGGCUAUACAACCCGCAGACGCAAGCGCGGGACGCUACCAUGCGGGCGGCCAAAAAGUAUGCCAUUGGGGUGAUAUCGUUAACUAUAGCAGUCUACGUGGGUCAGUUUUUCUGGGAUUAG